AUGAAUAGCGAAACCUACGACAGAAGUGAAUUUUGUUUCACCAUUGUAGCUACAACUGCUUGUGAUAUGGGUACUCAGACUUUGCUCUUCACGGGAGAUUAUAUAGUAAUUACUACAAGUACGUCGGCAGGCUUAGAUCAGAUUUUACCAUGGAUGUUUUAUCACAAGGUUAUUGGAGUUUCCACCUUUUUUCUUUUUGUGGAAGGAAAGGCUACGUCUCCUGAAGUAUCCAAAGUUCUGGAGUCUAUACCUGGAGUAAAAUUGAUAUACAGAACAAAGGAGCUCGAGGAGCAACAAGCUAGAAGUCAGAUUUGGAAUGAGACAUGGCUGUCAAGUUUCUUUUACAAACCAUGCAAUUAUGAGCUAUUUGUGAAGCAAUCUCUCAAUAUGGAGAUGGCUAUUGUUAUGGCAAGGGAUGCUGGAAUGGACUGGAUUAUUCAUCUUGAUACUGAUGAGUUACUACACCCAGCUGGUGCCAAGGAGUAUUCUUUGAGGCAGUUGUUGCUUGAUGUGCCUGGGAAUGUGGAUAUGGUUAUUUUUUCGAACUAUGAGAGCAGUGUUGAACGAGAUGAUAUUAAGGAACCUUUUACCGAGGUAUCCAUGUUCAAGAAGAAUUACGAUCAUGUACCGAAAGAUACAUACUUUGGAAUGUACAAAGAAUCAACUCGUGGCAACCCAAACUACUUUCUGACUUAUGGAAAUGGGAAAUCAGCUAUUUCAUUUUUGUAUGGAUAA